AUGGUCCAGAUUUUCACAUUCAAGAAACGUGAACAAAAUUCUGUUUUGGUCGGUCGUGGAAUGAAAGCUAGAUACAAACGGGCCGAUUGGAGAGCUUACAAGUCGCGCUACCCUCAAUCAAAUAAAAUCAAUAAAAGUUCCAAAGAGCACAGGGAUGCAGUCAACUUUAAUUCAUUGCGGCGUUUCUCGUUUAAAGAACAACUAGUGGUACCCGAACCGUCUGCAAUGAUCACGAAUGUUUCAACGGCAGAAGAACCAAUCCCGAGCGACACUCACUCUCCCGUUGCAGAUAAAUCUAGUCCGGAUGAGGAAGCUCCUGAACAUUUGCUGGACAUGGCCGAAGUUGACCAUGCACAACACGUCGAAUCCAGUAUUGUGCCGAGUUUUCACGUCUCACCAAACGGACAAAUUAUCUGGUGCUUGCGCAAAUUCACCCCAUCCGGACCGAAUGAGGUGGACGGAGGCGUGGUUGAUGUUUGCCUGGAACCGAAUGGGAUUUGUGGCCUGGCCCAGUCUUGGCUACAGGGUCAACCGGGUCAAUGGGAAUCGGCUGUGCUUCGUCGGGUAGUCUCUUUGGAUUUAGGCAACAAUCGAGCCGUGUUUGUCACUAGCAUGGGUCAGGUGAAGGUGCAAUUUGGUCUAUCCCAACGCAGGCCGUAUUGUCAAUCGUAUACCUGGCCGUGUCCGAACUAUCAUCUACUUCAGGUCGCCCUUUCCGCGAGUGGCAUUGUUUGGGCAUUGGCGGUAACGCGUUCGGACGAUCAACCGGACGGUGGUCCCCUAAAUUCCGGGGACAAUGAGGAAUUGGCUGUGAACGUUCUUCUGUAUCCCAUAUUACUGCAGUUCUCAGUGUUGCUUCCUGCAGAUCUGUUGGAUCCCGGUCAAACGAACGGCUCCGGUAACUCACAUUCAAGCCCUACCACAGUGUCCCCGUUGCACAUCAAAUCCCAACUGAAGUCAUCCUGCUGGAUCCCGCUGUCCAUCCCAAAUAGUCUACAGAGUACCGUGCGUCGUCUCAUGCAUUAUCGUUCCCAGUCCGGUCUCAACGGUUUGGCCACUGCACUAAAUGCAACGUUCCAGCUACGAUUCACGACCCAAGACCAGGUGUUCGAUCCGACCUCGGAUGAACUGGUAACCGAACCUCCCGGUUUCCAUGGCUACUACACUCUGGGGUGGCUAAUCUCGACUGCAUCUCAAUCGGUCGAUGCUCAGGGUUGUGGAUUCUUUCUGCCUAACUUAAAUCCUCCGUACAAAGCAGAUGAUACAUCCUGGUGUGAAGUGAGUCCAUGGGUUUGUUCGCUCGUGACAGGCCGUAGGAAUCCCAAUGUUUGUUAG